AUGAAGUAUCAGGCUCUACCAAGAUCCACUAAUGUGGUUUAUCAAGCUCAUCAUGUCAGCAGGAGUAAGAGAGGACAAAUUGUGGGUACGAGAGGUGGAUUUCGAGGCUGCACAGUUUGGCUAACAGGUCUUUCUGGUGCUGGUAAGACAACCAUUGGCUUUGCUCUGGAAGAGUAUCUGGUGUCCCAUGGCAUUCCUUGCUACUCUCUGGAUGGGGAUAAUAUUCGGCAUGGCCUAAAUAAAAAUUUGGGUUUUUCAACUGAUGACCGAGAAGAAAAUAUCCGCCGUAUUGCUGAGGUUGCCAGACUUUUUGCAGAUGCUGGUCUUGUGUGCAUAACUAGUUUCAUUUCCCCUUUUACAAAGGAUCGUCGAAAUGCAAGGAAAAUUCAUGAAAUUGCUGGACUUCCCUUCUUUGAAAUCUUUAUAGAUGCUCCUCUAAAUAUUUGUGAAAGCAGGGAUGUGAAAGGUCUUUACAAAAAAGCAAGGGCUGGAGAAAUCAAAGGAUUCACUGGGAUUGACUCAUUAUAUGAGAAACCAGAAUCUCCUGAUCUAGUAUUGAAAACAAAUAUUUCUACAGUGAAUGACUGUAUUCAGCAGGUUGUGGAGUUGCUACAAGCACAAAAUAUUGUUCCCAAUACUGCAAUUAGGGAUGUUCUUGAACUGUUUGUACCUGAAAAUAAGAUUGACAUGGCUCGUGCAGAAGCUAAUGCACUGCCUGCUGUGGAAAUUACCAAGUUAGACCUACAGUGGGUCCAAGUUCUGAGUGAAGGUUGGGCCACACCACUGAAGGGAUUUAUGCGUGAGAUUGAAUACUUGCAAGUGAUCCAUUUUGGGACUCUGCUGAAUGGAAAAGGUACAUGCAGUAUGUCUGUAGUUGAUGGUGUAAUUAAUCUGAGCAUUCCCAUUGUGCUGCCCAUUUCAACGGAAAAUAAGAAACGGCUGGAAGGAUGCACUGAAUUCACACUUGAGUACAAUGGGCGGAAGGUGGCAAUCCUCAAAAACCCAGAGUUCUAUGAACAUAGGAAAGAGGAGCGCUGUGCACGUGUCUGGGGAACGACCUGCGCAAAACACCCGCAUGUCAAAAUGGUAAUGGAAAGUGGGGAUUGGUUGGUUGGAGGAGAUCUUCUUGUGCUAGAGAGAAUAAAGUGGAAUGAUGGACUGGAUCAAUACCGUCUGACACCUUUGGAGCUGAAACAGAAGUUUAAAGAAAUGAAUGCUGAUGCAAUAUUUGCAUUUCAGCUGCGCAACCCUGUUCACAAUGGACAUGCUCUGCUCAUGCAGGAUACCAAACGCCAUCUGCUGGAAAGAGGCUACAAACAUCCUGUGCUUCUCCUGCAUCCUCUUGGAGGGUGGACCAAAGAUGAUGAUGUGCCACUUGAGUGGCGAAUGAAGCAGCAUGCAGCAGUGCUUGAGGAAUAUGUCCUAGAUCCAAAGGGAACUGUGGUUGCAAUCUUCCCUGCACCCAUGCUAUAUGCUGGUCCAACAGAGGUUCAGUGGCACUGCAGGGCUCGAAUGAUUGCUGGAGCCAAUUUCUACAUUGUGGGUCGCGACCCUGCAGGCAUGCCUCAUCCAGAGACCAAGAAAGACCUGUAUGAGCCAACACAAGGAGGAAAGGUCCUUAGCAUGGCACCAGGCCUGACAUCCGUGGAGAUCAUUCCCUUCAGAGUUGCAGCAUACAAUAAAGUAAAAAAGGCCAUGGUUUUCUAUGACCCAGAAAGGAACAAUGAAUUUGAUUUCAUCUCUGGAACACGCAUGAGAAAGCUUGCUCGGGAAGGUGAAAAUCCACCUGAUGGAUUCAUGGCUCCAAAAGCUUGGAAAGUCUUGACUGAAUACUACAGAUCACUUGAAAAAAAUUAAUUCUUCCUUACAUCGAAAAUACUGCUAUUAAGUGUGAGCACUGUCUUGUUGAUUUACUAUAUUAUAGACCAGUUACUUUGCAAUUUGUAACUGGGUCAAAUUAUUUUUGCUAAUUAGAAGUAUUUUGGGCCUAAUCCUCCUCCCUCUGAAGCUACUGUAAAUUUUCAUUUCAAAGGGAACAGCAACAGGGCCUUUAUUUUUAAUAGAACAUGGCUCCAAUUGAUGAUUGUCCAAUCCCACAUUCAGAUUGUCUAGUUGGAACUUUCUGGUCAGGUAACAGUGGUGCACCCAACUCCAAGAGUGCUUAGUCAAGAUGCAAUCAUGAGCAUACAGAUAUGUAUGCUCUAGGCAAUUUAAGGUUGUUGUUUUUAACAUGCCUCACAUUUGUCUUGUUUACUACUUCCCACCCUGAUAUCUUUCUGUUGUUUUUUAGUUCCUUCUAUUUUUUCUCCAUGUGGUCUCUUCAGUCUAGAAAUUGACUGUUGUCUCACUGUAGCUCUAAUUUGAACUUUGAACAGAAGGAUACAAUCUGAACUCCACAGCUGAACGGCAUAAGAAGGUUGAAGGGAGAAAGUGGUGCUUCAGCUUUGAGGUUUUGUUUGAGAGCUUCCAUUGGCAUUUCUCCUCCCAACCCAGAACUGAAAAUGUUGGAACAUGCUUUGAUUGUAGCAAGCUGCACUAGAAAGGACAUAUAGAUUUUAGGGCUAGGUACAGACAUUCAAAAAGCCUGAGGCAGAAUCAAUCUUUACGCUGUUUUCUGUAAGUGGUGGUUUAGUUAGGUAGCAAACAGAAUACACAUUUGUCCUUGGGGGAGGGAAUCUUAAACUGGAUUCUGCUAUUUUUAAACCAAUCUUUGCACGCCGAACUUCUGUUCUGUUACAGGUAUAAACUAGUUUCCAAUCACUUAUACCAGUAAAACUGUAAUGUCUGUAUCUGGCCUAAAUACCUCUGAUGAAACUGUUUUACACCACUGUUUCCUCUGACCUAAGUGCCAUUACUCUCAAUUUACACUGGCAUCAUUUUGAGAAUCUGAUUUUGAAAUUCUCACAUUUCGGAUUUCUGAAUCCAAUUCCCGUUCAAUAUACUGGAUAUAGAGAGUCAGGACAGCUUUAAAUUGUCUCUUUACCCUCCUCAGUGUGUGAAGCUAGUUCUUCUCUGUAGCCACUUUCAUCUAGCAGAAAAACUAAUUUGGGCAUAUAUAUUAUUUCCAGAUUCUAACAGAAAAUGGAAACUGAAACUUGGGUUACCAAGUGUAUCUGAAAGGGCAUUUGGGUUCCCUGGAGACAGAUAUCAUGCUAGCUGAAUCCCAGAGAAUCCUAGAAAAAUGACUUUGCCAUCUUAUGUUAACUGUAAAAACAGUUAACAUAAGGUGGUGUUUAUUAUCCUUUCCCUUGCUUUCUCCCUUCUACCAUGAAGCAGUUUCCAUAAGGGAAGAUUGAGCAGCUCUCCUCAGCUCAGAUCAGGACAGAUACAUUUUUAACAUUUUAAACCAUUUUUCUCAGAUACACUCUAACUAUAGUUAACUGCUUCAGGGUGCACAGUUAGGAUAUUGUCAUAGUUACAUUCCUUUCAGUUCCAUGCUCAACAUGCACAUAAAUGAUGGAUUAGUAGUUUAUUUAGGCACACCCUACAGCAGCAAAAACACUUUAGGUCCAAUGGACUGGGGAACAGGUAAGGAGAAGCUAGAAGAGGUUCUAUCUAGAGAGGACAGACCAUGAGGAUGGCAGAUUGGUAAAAAGUCUGUGUUUCUUAAAAUGAUGGAAGUAUACAUUAUGUUUCUGUUACUUGAAGAAUAGUGGUUAGGAUCCUCAGGUGCCACUAGACUGAAAUUUGGAGGUUCUCCUUCCAGAUUUGACAGAAAGAUGAGCCAGCAUCUUUUGGACAUAGACCAUGCCACCAUGACAAGUACUUUUUUGCCGCCUUGUAAUUAAUUACUGCUGUUAACUCUAGCAAGGGCUACAGAAUAAAUCCACCUGGAAACUGAAGCUGGCAUAGACUGCUGCUCCUUUGCUGGUGAAACAGCUUUUCCUGAGUACAUUGUAAGUCCUCCAGUCUGCAUUAACUGCCAGUGUGAUUCUUGGUAAUUUAAGGUGUUGGGUUAGAUCUAGAAAGCUCUGGGAAGCUUGGAACCUUUCCAGAUGAGAAAACAUCUAUUCCCUGCUCUAUACUGCUAUAUUUUCAGUCAGCAAAGGUAUUCCCCCUUAGUUUAGGAGAGGGACCCAUUGGAAGGAUUUUCUUAUGAAAAACCUUAGUCUUUGGAACUCUCUACUUCUGUCUCAGAUUUCCCAAAUCUGUUGACUAUUAAAACAAGACCUGAAGCCAUCGACUUCCCUAGGCUUCCAGGCAGAAAGAAGCAUGAUAAAAGACUGGUUAGCAUUCACUGGAAGUUUACUACCUCUAUAACCAUGACAUUGUACUUUUAAUUUUUUAGGGGAGUAUACACACUACUGCACCAAGUAUUGUAAAUUGUUUUGGUCAGCAGUCUUGCAGAUUUAUACAACUUCGUCAAAAUGGCUUAAUGGGUGUCUAAAAACUGGACAACAAUGUGUUGUUAUCAAUGAACUUAGAAGAGCUUGCUCCUCUUUUGUAUUGUAGUUUUAAGUACAGAUGGAUCUACACACAGGAAAACACCUGUGCUUCUGCUUCUAAUUUAGUUUAGUAACAUAUAUUUUAAGUGGAAUUGUUUUGCUGUGGCCAUUGUGCAACGUACAAAAAAACUACAGCAGAAAUUGGAAAUGUUAUCUUAAAGUAUUUUAGUUAAUUAUUUCCAGUAGUUUAUGCUUUUAAAAAUCUAUAAUAAGGAACCAAAAACUGUAUCAUACCUCAAGAAAAUAAAUACUACAAAUGCAACAUUAGUAGCUGAAAGUAUAUUAACAAUAGUGCCUUUUAUAUUCAGGCCCUCUGGCAGGGACCUAAAAGACAAAUUAAUACUCCAAUUUUUUAUUUUAAUAUUUCACAUUUUAAAUAAUGCUUUUGCAUUUAAUCUUAAUUCAAACAAGCCAGUGAAGAUGCAGUAAAUUCUAAUGGUUACAGCAAAACAUAUAUGUUUAUUAUCCCUUUAAAAAUGAGUAGAAUAACUGAUUACCUCUGAUUAAAAUAGAGUACAUUCAGUACUAGUAUUGUAUAGUGUAUUUAUUAAAGACAUCAGACUGGAAUUUGUGCCUUAACUGAUGCAUCUCAUGAUUUAAUAUAUUCUGAAUUUGGUACUCUAAUAUUAAACACUCAAUUUUAGUAUGAAUAAAUAUUUUUAUGUAUAACUAAUUAAUGAGUCAUUAAUGAUUUGGACAAUGGGAAUGCACUCUUAGCAAAUUUGUGGGCGACACCAUGUUGGGGCAAAUUGCAGACACUGGAGAGUGGGACUAGGAUCCAGAGUGACCUGGAGAAACUGGAAACAUGGUCUAGAAUCGAUCUGAUGAAAUUCAGCAUGAACAAGUGCUAAGUACUGGACUUAUGAAAGAAGAUUGCAUGCACAAAUACAGACUGGGGAAUGAUUGACUACGCAGCAGCACUGCAGUGAAGGAUCUGGGAUCAUAAGCUGAAUAUGAGCCAACAGCAUACUGGGCAUGUAUACACAAGACACUGAAAUGCGCAGUAGCCUAGUUUAUGCACAAUAAGUGUGUAUGUCUACAUAUAUGCAUACUUACUGCACAGUAAAAAUCCUUAGUACUGCGGGAUGAAUUACUGCGCAGUAAUAAACUUGUGGAUGUGCCCUGCCACUAGGGGGCUGGCCUCUGGGUUGGGAGCCUCUCCUGCCCCAGGGCUGAGCUAUAGCAGCCCCUGCCUCAGGCUUUAAAAGCCUGCAAGCAUUUUGAGCCCUGGGGCACACAUACAGGGAACCUGAGGGCACUCCAGGCCACUGAGUCCCUCUGGGAAGGUCACAGCCUAGCUCUGCCAGCUGGUUUGCACCCCAGCACUGCUACCUGGUGCUGCAGUGCCACGUGGCUGCCUGGACAGUGCCAUCCAGGCCAGCAAGACACCACGGGCUGCUGCAGCCUCCAGCCAGGCCUGUCAGCCUUCUGGCCCAGGUGCAAGCAGAUUCUGGCCAGCAGGGUCAGUAACCCACAGCUCACCCCCAGCAGCCUGCCUUAUGCCUGCAUGUGCUGCGGGGCAUUGACCUCUGUUGUGCAGCUGCCAGUCCCAUUCCAAGCCCCUGCGCUGGAUGCUGCAGGCAGCUGCCCAGGCCUGGCAGGACAAGGACAGCUGCACGGGGGCCCAGAGAGCUGAUGCAGGACCCAUGAUGGCCUGGUCCUCCUCACCCAGGCCUGUGCCCAUGCCUGUGCCCACGCCCAUACCUUCCACCUGGGGUCCCAACUGAACCAAGGAGGAGACUGGUGAUCUCAUGGCACUGUGGGGCGAGGUGAAGGUGCAGUGCCAGUGUGUCUCUUGUAAAUCAAAGUAACUGGUUCUUCCAUUCAAUUCAGCACUGGUAAAGCAUCACCUCGAGUACUGUGUCCAGUUUAGGCCCCAUACUUCAAAAUGGAUGUGGACAGAUUGAAAGGAGUGCAGCAGAGAGCAACAAAAAUGAUUAAGGGCUUGGGAGCAAGACUUACCUGGUAUGGCUGAAAGAACUAGGGUUACUUAGUCUGGAGAAGAGAAGACUGGAGAUAGAGGAUAUACAGCAAGAAUAGAGAUGGGCUUUUCCCCAUGUCUGCAGGAGACAGAACUAGGAGCAAUAGCCUCAAACAGCAGCACAGGAAAUUUAGGUUGGAGAUUAGGAGGAACUUUCUAUGUGGUAGUCAAACAGACCUAGAAAAAUUGUGGGAUCUCCUUCUCCUGAAGAUUUUCAAAUGCAGGUUAGACAGACACUUGACUGGGAUGGUUAGUCAGGGAUGAUCCUACACUGAGCAGGGAUCUAAAGUAGAUGACGUGAGAUUCCUCCCAACCCUACUUUCCUGUUUGUUACUUCAUGGACUUUUGGAAUUUCUUUAAAAAAUAAGAAAGCUCAGAGGGGAGAGGGGUUUUUUGACAAGUAUUUGUGCCUGCAGUUCUCACCAUCAGCAUUGUUAUUCCCUUCUGCUCAUGGGGGGUUUAGGAAGCCUAGGAACCUGGCCACUGAAACAGUGAUAAAUCCUACAGGCUCGAUACCAGUGAUAAACCCUACUGACCUGUUACUACCUGAACCACCUAUGACUUCUCAAUGCUGCUUUAUGGUAUGCUCAAGUAAAAACAAAGUUUCUGCCUCUGCAUCUGAGAGUCAAUCACACAUGGACCAUGUAAAAGUCAACAUCUUAAGAAACCCACCCCCCAAAAAAAAGGAUGUUAAAGAAAUUAGAAUAUUUGGUUCAGCCAGAUCUUAACCCCUAACCCCUGAUUCCCUGAUAUCUCAGGGAAAGGUGCUCCUAUCUGUAAGGGAAAAACAGUGAAACAGUAAAAACAAUUAUUUGCCGCUUGAAAUGAGUGCUUCAGGGGAAAGGAGGAGGAUUUUGAUUUCUACCACCAUUAGGGUAAGUGAAUAAGGUCCCUUGGAUUACACUUUAUUCAGGUUUUAAUACCACACUGAUCUGUAUUAUUUGAAUGCCUUCUUGUAGCAGAGCAAAGUUGAUUUAGCUAACAGUUUCUCAUCUUCUCUCCUCAGAGGUUAGGGGAGAAUUUUGUGUCCAGUGUAGUGCCAUAGAAGUGUAUUUUAAUAUUUUAAAUUUUCCCGUGCACCAGGAGAGCCAAUCUUUUUGGCAGAAGUGCCACAAAAUUAAGCCCUAUGGCCCGCCCCCCCCAGUGCUACUAUGAUACUCUUCCCUCCCCAACUGCUUUAUGCUGCUUGGCUGCCUGCUUCCUCUCACCUCUGCUACAGAGCGGCCAUCCCUGUCAUGCAUAAUGCUUUGUGUCAUAGGCAGCAGGUUGAAGCAGUGUACCUUGCACUGAGAAAGUGGUAUAGUCUAUUUUAUUAAUUCAUAGUACUUGUCCAAGUUAAUUCCAUUGUCUAGGUCUAAACUUUAAGAAGUGUCAGGCUCUUGUACAGGUUAGCAUUACCUCUAUUGUAGAAUCCAUCAGGUAAGAGAAACAAAACUUUCAUUCCUUUUCUUGGAAGUCUAAGCUCUUUUGGCUAUCCAGAUACUGGCUACUGAGUACCUUGAUAGUAAGGACCUAGAUCGUAGAUUUAACUCUAUUUUGUGAGAUAAGAUCAUGUAAAGAGCUAUUUAAGUUUGAUGUACUUGUUGUGGCCGGUGGCUGGGAAGAUGCUAGCAUGUAUUUCCCCAGGAGAGUUGAUGAAGACUCAAAUACUUGAGACCAGGUUAUCAGCAACCAAAACAGAGCAGUGUGUCCUGGGUAACCUGGGGUGGCACAAAGUGUUAGUCAUAAAUGUGUGAGAGUUUAAGUCACCAAUAAAUACUAACACAUACCUCUGGUCUGAACUGUCCAUCUACAGGUAGCUACCUUCAACCAAACCAGAAUGCCUGGCAGCUACAGAAACAUCAUAAUGCACAGUAUCUCAAAACUGCAAUUCAUUGGAGUAAUCUGCAGCCGGGAAUUUAAGGAUAUGUAAAAUGCUUCAUUUGAGGCUGUUUGAUUGAUAAAAACCUGGGACAAAAAGGACCCCCCUCCCCAAUGCCUUUGGCAAUUAACCUAAAUUAGUUGCAACUAACGUGUUACCCUGGAAAAAAAAUUAGCAUAUGUUAUAUUGCAUACUCCACCAGUAUUUCACAUGGGAUUCCUUUGUAGGAUCCCAGGCCAAAAGUUUCCUAGGCAAAAUGUAAUGUCUAUUUCUAAAGUGAUCACUGCACCCAUGCCCUUGUAGGAAAAAAAAAAUCCCUGCUUGCUAUUUAAUACGAUGGAUUUGUAGCUGAUAAGAAGUCCAAGUGUGUGGGAAAGUCACCAAAGGCCAGAUUACAGAGCACUUGGCAUCCAUCAUUAAAACCACAUUUACAAAAGAGUACACUCUAUCUGUAACAGGGAGUCUAACACUUCUGCUACUUUAAGGGAAAAAAAUUGUGGCAGACAGAGGCCAGGCAGCAGCAUACAGGUCAGCUACAAAGGAGUAGGCAGCUGGGAGCACUUUCCUAGACAGAGAGUGGCACAUUAAGGUGAAAGGCAACACUUGCAGCCAGCCAAGGAAAUAUUGCUCAGAGGCUGGAUGCAAGAAGGCAGGCAAUUAGAGGCCAAAGGCUAGGACCGCUCAGUGAAGGGCAACAGUUUGAGCGGUAGCCAGCGUGCUUAUGUUUCAAUUACAGUUAUAAGUGGUGGAUCAGGUUUGGGACUAGUUACAGAAGAUGGAGGGAGGUCCCAGUGGUGCCUGAAUGGCACACAACUGUUUUGGGGAGCCCCACCAGGGGCCAGGGCUCAAGACACAGAAUAGAUUCCUGCCAGGGCAAGUAAGCCUUGAAGAUAGAAAGAUUGGAGCACAAUACCCCAAGGGGUGAAAUCACAGCCUGAGUGGAGUGAGAACCAGGGCCAGGGGCCCAUAGUCCAGAGGGGCAGAAUCACAGCCAGAAAGAGGCAAGAACCAGGGCCAGGGGCCCAUAGUCUAAGUAGGGCAAGAAUAAACAGGGCCAAGGAGCCCACAGCCCAAGAAGCGAGAACAAGGGCCAACAGUCCAUAGUCCAGGAGGAGCAGAAGUGGGGGAAAAAAAAAAAAGAGGCCUGAGCCCAAGGAGGGGCAAGAGAUAGAGAAGGCAGAGGCCUGAAUAUACUGAAGCAGUGAUUAGGGCUGAACACUCAUUGAUGAGUGACUGGUAACACCUGUGAGGCAUGGGCAUGGCUGUAGGGGAUCUCAGAGAUCAUGAAUAGUCCAUAAGGCAUCUGGUGUCCCCUACACACCCCUUGGGAUAAGAGAACCCACCUUGCAUAGGGAUAAAUAGGGAUCAAUCAGAUCUGAGGGGGAUAUACUGGCCAGAAGACAGGCUGAGGCUCACGCUUAGGCCCUUACGCAGCCUCCCUUUCCAAAUCUAGUAAGAAUACCAAGGCAUGGCAGGAAAGAGCAAAAGGAGGGUAGCCUAGAGGCAGAACUGGGAAGGAGGUGUUUGGCCACCAAGUGGGCAUCACUGCCACUUCUGGGGCCUGGUCCUGUUACACCCAAGGUGGGUAAUUAUUUCAGCUGGAGGUCCGCUUAACGACUUUAGGUGCCCCACCCUCUGUCAUCUUAGGACCAGAAGUCCCACCUCUAACCCCUGACCUUUGCCACCAGAAGUCCCUCCCCUUACCCCCAGAAGUACUCUUGGAACUGGAAAAAUACCAAAUCAUAUACCAAAAAUCAAACAUCUACUAUAUUUUAUACUAUACUAUACAUAUUUUAUUUCAAAAACUAUUUUUGUCCUGACUUACAUGUGUUUGUUCCCAAUCUGCGUACCAUCGGGCUGAGUGGGCUCUGUGCCUUCACAUGCAGCCACCCUCUGGAGUACUUGAAGCUCCACGUGGAGGUGUGAAGCUGGUCCAGCCAAUGCCUGCAGUGCUAGCAUGAAACCAGCCUGGCCUGGCUCAAAGAUGUGUGCCGGUGGGCUGGGCCAGGUCCAUGCCACCACAUGCAGCUCCCAGGAUUCAGCCAGAGAUGCGUGCUGUUGGGGGACUUUGCCUGCAGCAGACACUGAACACCUUGAGCAUCCACCGCCAGCAGCAGGCGCUGUGCCCAUGGGGAGGGGCUGUGGCAGGGGGGCUUGCACCCACCCACAAACCCCAAACCUACCCACACAAUAUCCCCCCCCUUCCUGCAGGAAGGAGCUUCCCCCCCUCCUGACCAGCUGUCCAGUUGUGCACCAUCAUGCUUGGUGCUUUCACAUGGGGCUCCCAGUUAAGAGUGCUGGGAGCCCCAUGGAGGUGGAAGCACAGAGCCCACCCAAUCCAAUGGCACACAAUCUCUGAAAGCCUGUGGCUCCUGUUGGCUUUCAGAGGGGCAGCCACAGGCAGGUAAUGAUUAUUUUUUGGUAGGGCCCUGCAGGCCAGAUAGAAUGGCUUGGUGAGCCAAAUCCAGCCCGCGGCCAUUUUUUGCCUGCUUCUGUGUUACAUUAUCCAAUAAAAAUAUAUUAAAAUGUCCCAUCGACACAUCAGUAUAUUACCGUCAACACCCAGUAUAUUAAAUGUAUAGAAAAUCUGGUGCAGUGUGAAAUACUCCCUCAGCACACUGAAAGACGCUUGACAGCUUUGCCCUUGAGCAUGAGACUAUAACAACUGAAAAACAGAUGCAUUUAUUUGAGAAUUAAAUUAUCAGUAGUUAAAGUUAAUAUUUACAAUUAGAGCUGUUGUUUUCAAAGCAUCCAUAGAAAGUUAGACACCAAAAUCCUAUUCAACCUCAACAGGUUGUGUUCAAUCUCUGAAAUUCUCUUAAGAAGUCCAUCCUAAAUUGUCAACAUUAGACUCCAGUACCGCUGAUCUGCAAUUCAAAGACUGUGUUCUGAUGAAUUUGGAAGCUUCCUGGGUCUCCUUUUAAAUGUUGUUGAAGGUGAAAAUGAUUGAUGUGGCCACCCACACAGCCUAAUCCACAUCUUUCUAAAGCUGGAAACUUGAGUUCCAGGAAUAAUGGAGAUCUUUGUGACUUCGCUAGGCCUGUUAAUAACUCAUAAAUCUAAUCCGUCUUGCCCAGUCUCAAGAAAAUCAGUGUAUAAAGCUGACUUUAAUUUCAUCCACACUGGGCAUAUCUACACAUGCCUCUUUUAAGCAGUCUUAUCCUAAAAAAAUCACUAUUUUUAAGGUGUAUUAAGAGUGUGUGUCUACAUAAAGCAGGUAUCAAACUUUGGUGUGAAUAGCUCAGUCACAGUGCAAGUAUAGACGUGCUCAUGUGUAUUAACAUAGUACACAUCAAUGGACACGCCAUGCUAAUGUGCAUUAGUACAUCUGCAUGUGCACUAAUGCAAUUUAGCUAGUCGUGACUAAAUUUAAUGUGCCUUAAUGUGCAUUAGCGCAUCCACGUGUAGACACACGCCUAAAUCACCUUAGUGUGUCUUAAGCAAAGGCACAUGUAAAUACAUCCAUAGACAUGCCCACUGGUAGGAAAAAGUAGCAUUUAAGGAAUUAGUGUCAGGAUUCUUUCAGGACAAAUCUCCCAAUGACAGAACUGGGUCAGACUAAUGGUCCCUCUAGCCCAGGGGUGAACAGUUAUUUGGGCCCAGGGGCCACGUAGGGAAUUUUGAUGAGUUGUGGAGGGCCAAGUCAGCACCCCUCCCGCACCUCCUGCCACAACAACUUGCCAAAACUCCCUAUGUGGAUGGGGCUGUGGGUGAGCAGGGAGCAGUGUUUGAGAGCAAGACAAACAGGCAAGGCCAGGAUCACAGGACAGGGUUGCAGGGUGGUGAUAACACAGGGCUGGGACCCAGGACAGAGCCAUGAUCUGCUCCCUGCAUGCCCCUGCCCUGUGGGGAGGGGGAGGGGGAUGUGGAGAGUUUAUGUGAGUAGGGUGUAUGUGGGGGCAUUUGCACACAUGGGGGGUGGGGGCAUGAGCUGCCUGGGCGUUAAGUCCUGGGAGCCAACCAGGGGUGAGGAGAGGAAGGGGACAGGUGUGUGCAGAAGAGUUCACCUGGGCUGUACCAUCUGUGACUACCCCCCAUGGUGAUCCAUGUGGGGCUGAGCCUUGCCCAGAGCAGCCUGCACCACACUCCAGCCUGUGACCAGUGACCCAGCCCAGCCAGUGCACACAGCUUACUGGCAGGGCUACUCUUGGUGUUGCUGCAGCUACCCAGGUGCUGCUCAGGCUCCCCUUGUCUCCAGUGGCACCUCUUCCUCCUGUUCCUGCUGCAUCACUCUGGGCCGGGAGGAAGCUUCAGGUGGGUGGCCUUGCCCCAGUGUGUGGGACUCAGGCUCCAGCUCCCAACUGACUUCCACCCACUCAGUCACCCAUGCCAGAAAGGCAGAGGGAUGGAAGGGCAGCCAGAAGCUGGAGUUCUGAGCCCCAUGCACUGGGAAAGGAGCUGCCUGGCUGAAGCUUCCUCCCUGCUCAGAGCUGCGCAGCAGGAGCAGGAAGAGGAGCCACCAUUGGAGGUGAGGGGAGAUGAACAGCACCCAGUUGGCUGCAGCUGCACCAGGAAACUGUGCAUGCUGGCCUGCACUGGGCCUGCCAGAUGUAGACUAGAGAACAGCACAGGUUGCCUUGGGCAGAGCACUGCAGGUUGGAUCUAGUCAAGUGGCUGUGGGAUCUGGCCAGUGGGCUGUAUUUUGCCCACCCCUGCUCUACCCCCAUGUCCCGUGUCUGGCAAUGCCAGAAGUGUAUGCUUUAAAGGGAAAGCAUAUGAACAGGGUAUAUCUAGAGCAGUGAGUCUCAACCAGGCUGUUGUGGUGUCCCCUCUGGGGUGCCAUGUGGGGCAGUGAGCAGGUAAAACUGCCCCAUAUGCUCCUCCUGCAUUAGGGCUCUAAUAAGCCUAAAGCAGGCAGCAAAGUAGACCUGUGCCAUGCAGCUCCUUCUGACCUGUCCCCUGCAACUUCCUCUUGGGAAUAGGCACAGAACUGUCCCAUCCACUGCUGUUUCCAGGAGGAGUAUUAGGGGCACUGGACCAGACCCAGUCUACUUAAUGCUGAUCAGAGCCUUAAUGCAGGAAUGCGCAUAUGUGGCACAGCCCUUCUCAGCCUGACUUUGCAGCACUGGAAUGUUUCAUUGCAAUUGCACAGUCCCUCUUGGCAGAACCUGGCUGAGAAGCACUCAGGUAAGCUGAGGAAGCAGCAACAGCGCUUCUCAGCCAGGGAUGCUCUUGCAUUCAGAGACUUGGCAGAAUGCCUUGACCAUGAAAAGGCUGAGAACCACUGAUCUAGAGUGAUCUAUUCCCUGUUCUUUAUGUCCCCUGGCAUCCAUUAUCAUUGGUUUGGAGAUGCCAGAGGAAGCAUGUCUGACUGUUGUUUAAUAGCUAUUAAUGGAUCUACCAUCCAUGAAUUUGGCAAAUCCCUUUUUGAACCUGACUAUACGAUCUGCCUCUACAACUUGCUCACUGAGACAAGGAUCACUUGUCAGAGCCACUGCAACACCAUGUGGGUAUGAGAACAUCAAACUAUUCAGAACCAGAUUUAGGAAGCAACUUCAGUUUAGUUGUUUAAGGGACAUUUUUUUUAGUUCUUUUUCAGCAAAUUGCAAAUUAGCCCCUCAAAACCAAGAGAAGCUAUGUAUAUAAACCACAUUGAGACACCACAGCAACACAUGCCAAGGAAGGGCAAACAUAACUAGUGCUUUCAUUCAUACCUGGAUUCAGAGUAAAAGGUGCAGAAUGAGUGGAGGAGUUCCAGAGGACUGCUUUGUGAAUGGAAGAGAAAAAAAGAAAUGUGGUUCACGGGAUAAUCUGUGAUGAUGUCCUACACCACAUCCUUCUGACUUAUUCACAUAACCAAAUGUGGUUGAACUGUUCUUGUUCUUUUUCCCCAAGUGUGGAGGCGCACCUUUGGGUGCUUGCCACUUUAAGGACCUGAGCAGGCUGUGAGGUAGUCUGCAGGUGACUGCAGGGCCAAUCAGGUGGUCACAUGACAGCCAGGAGGCCGCCUGAUUGGACUAGGGUGUAUAAGAACAGUAUAAGAACAGGCCCUGAGGAGCAGAGAGAAGAGUUGCUGCAGGGAUGCUAAGGAUUGGCUGCUCCCAGGAACAGUCUGGAAGUCAUGGGUAGGAGCUACAGGGAUGGAGGAGGUUCCUAGGGACGCAGCGGGGUCCCAAACCCUGAGGAAAAGGUGAUGGGCCUAGGAAAGAAUGAGGCCUGCCUUGUAAAAGGGGCUUAGAGUUGGUGAGCUACUGAGGGCCUCAGAUGAGUCCAGUGGUGAGAGAGGCUGAUGCUUGAGACCUCUAGGGCUCUAGGCAAACCUGGGGAAGUUGAUGGCUUUGAUGGGGCCCAAGGUGGACCCCUGCCAAGUAGGAAGUGCAGCUGCUGCCAGACCGAUCCUUUACCUCAACUGGUCAAUGCAAGGGUGCCAGGGCCAUCAGGCCAAAAAGGCAAGCAAGCCCAGCACAAGGCGCAGAUCAGGGCUGUGGAGAGCUACUAGCACCCUGACUGGCCUGAAGGCAGGUCCAGGGCCUUAAGCAGACCAAACAUCCCCCUUUUGGGGGGAACCCACUGCCAAAAGAGGAUAGGGGUCAGCCAGCAAGCAGGCUGAUAUGAAGGAAGCUACAGCUCAGCCUCCUGAGAGACAUCCUAAAAAGGGGGCCUGGGAGAGAUGGGACAGUGACUGAGGGCAGUCUGUGAGAUGGAGGCUGCAGUAGUGUGUCCAGGAGAGCAAGCAGCUGGGGCCAAGUGUGAGAAUAAGAGCAGGACAGGUAGGCCUCCAGAAAUGACCUAAAACUACACCCUGCUGGGGUAGGAUGGUGUGCCUUCCUACACCCUGCUGGGGUAGGAUGGCAUUUCCUGGGGUAGGAUGGUGUGGUGGGGCAGCCCCCAGG